AUGGAACCUGCAACGGGAUUUGUGGACCUCCACACCGAGUGGCCUCUCGUGAGGAGUACCAACAAGGAGGUUUCAAGAAGUUCACGCGACCGAGGAGAUGACGACGAUGCUACCGUUCGUCGUCAGGACGAGGCGAUGAGCAUCACAUAUGAGGCCGCCAUAGAACGGUACUGCGAGCAGUCGUUCCUGAGCGGUAGUCAGCAGCGGGUCUGUUACUCCAUCGCCCCCUUCGCGGCGGAAGUUGGAAAGUGGCUCGGCAUGGGAGUCUCGCCAGAACGUGUCUGCCGCAAGCUCGGCAAGCGUAACCCGGUGAGCGCUGCCCUUUCUAUGUUCUUCAUUGGUAGUUCUUCUGCUGCUGCAGUUCGGCUAAAUAACAAAGGCACUCAGCAUUCGAUGAAGAUUCUCAAUUGCUACUCCCUCCUGGCGGAAUACGAAGGCCUCAAGGCGAUUUAUUGUCGUCUUCACGCCCCGGGGGCGGCGAAAACCCACGUCCGCGAAUGUUCUAGCGAAAAAAGAACACACCACCGCAAAGAGAGAAACCCCAUCACCCCACAAAUCUCCGCCCAACGACACCCACGCGCACGCAGGAAACGUGUUUCGAUGCGAGGGAUGCGGAGCGACCAUCGAGCGUGGCGGAGGCGUCACUGGAUUGGCGAAGUAGACCACCGUCGGUUCCCCAGGACGUAG